AUGGUGUGUUCUAUGGAGAAUAAGGUGUGUGGUAUGGUGAAUGAGGUUAAAAUAUGGAAAGACAUUGAAGAUGUGCUUAAAGACAUGCUUAAGAAUGUUCAGAAAGAUGCCCCAGAAAUAAACUCACUGUGUGGUGAUUAUAAAGAGGACAGCGGAGGCAUAGUGGCUAGGAACAGAGGAAAGGACUUGUGUAAAAUGUUAAUAAAAAUAAUAUAUUGGAUUGAUGGACUGAUAGAGAAAGAGGAGAAGAUAGGGCAUAAGAAGUGGAACUGGAAGUGGGAAAGAAGGAAAGACAUCAAAGAAGAAGAUUGGGAACUCCAAGCCUAUCUUAGAUGUAUAUUAGGAAAAAUAACUAUGACAAAAAUGUUAGCGACUCACUGUGAUAUGGACAGGGUUACUCCAAUUGUGACGGGAGCCAUAGAAGGAACUUUGUUACAGAAAGGUGUCCAGGCGGAACAUGAAAAAUGCGAUGAAAUCGAUUUCAGGAGUUUAAAUAUUGGGAAAAAAUUUUUUUGGGAGGAAAUAGAUAAAUGGAUAAAGCAAGAAACAAGAGAAGGAGGAGGAAUAAGAAAAAUAAAGAGUGAUGGGGAAAAAUGUGUAGGAACUGCACCAACUAAAAAAACGAGUGCAGACGCAGUAGUGAAGAAAAAGAAUGUUGUUAAGUUAUUAGGAUCUGGGGAUCCGAAUGAAUUGCAGGAAUUAAUAGAGAAGGACACUAAAUUACCGAAGGAGGUAUUGAAUAAAGUGGUAGAAAAAAUACAAAAGAAGUUAGAAAAAAAGAAAGGAGCUCAAUACAAAUGUCCCAAACGUACAAUCACUAAAGAUGGAUUUGUCGAUGACGACGAAGAACUCACCAUUGGGGAAUGGUUCACGGCAUUUUCCAACAAUGUGUCUGAGGAUGACAAAAUGAAUUUUGGGGAGUGGGAUACACUGCGUGCCGUAUGUGAUGAUUUGUAUAGUGUUCAAAGUGAUAUGAGUAAGUAUAACAGUUUCUGUGAAAUUAUGGUAAGGAAUUUACUUUUAGUAACGGAAGUUGGAAAUCAAUAUAAAAACGAAGACGGAAAAACACCAUGUGAGAAGAAAGUGAAAAAUAUUCCUCUAUGUAAUCUCUUAAAAGUGUGGAUGGAAUAUAUGCGGUUUUUGUGUGCACCGGAAGAAGUCAUGAAACACGUCUUCGAGGCAGUAGAACCAGUUAGGGCAAUACUUCAUCCAGGUGGGAACUAUGCUAAGUGCGAAUAUGGGACGUAUGCUAUUAAUUAUAGAGGACAGACGGAUAUGUUAGAGAAAGUUUGGAAGCUUCUACACGACAGUGUUAUUAGUGGAAGGGUAGGCAUUGUUACUAAACAUACAUGGUGUACUGAUUAUAGGACAAGGAAGGAUCGGAUCCGUGCACCUACAGGUGAUGGUCUUAGCCGUGCCGAUAAGGGCGCACAGAGUCAAGGUAUCAAUGGUAAUGCUGGUUUAAAAAACUUAGAAGAACUCUUAGAAAAAAUUAGGGGGCCAAUGGAGGAAGAGCGGCAAGCAGAGCUGAAGUUUCUGGAACAAACCAUUCAGACAGUCAUACAAGAAGAACAACAGAAACAACAACAGCAGCCUCAAGGACCACCCCCUCCUCCACCACCGCCCCCCAACCCUGGCGACCAAGGAACGGUUAGUGGAGGAGAGGAAGGGGAACGGGGGGUGUUUAAACCAAGCGAAGCACCGGCACCUGUCACUAAGAAAGAAGAACCAGGGGAACCACCUGACAAAGUUACUACGGCUCCGAAGGACUCUGUUCAGGAACAACCAGGUAAGGAUACAUCAUCUCCUAAGCGUACUCCCAGUAAGGAAGAUUGUAAGGACAACACUGUGGAUGCCGGUGUAGAUCCUGGUGCAUGCUUCGAUGAUCUUGACAAUGAUUUGCCAAUAGGACCUUCCCCCCCUGCUCCUUCCAAUGAACAUCAUGAAGCUACUGGAGACACUGGUCCUAAAGGUGUUGCAGGCAGUAGUCCUGUUCCUGCCCUAGUAGUUCCUGGUCAGGAUGAUCUGCCCUUACCGAACCCACCCCAACGGAAAUUAAACCUGAAUUUUAAGGAAAAAAGCGAUGAAUCCUACAAUGCAUUUGGCGGAGGUGGCAAGGACAACAAGCAGACUGAAAAUAGUGCCGGUUCUUCCUCUAGACAAGCUCCAGAUGGUCCUCCAACAACAGUAACAGCAACAACAACAUCAUCAGCUGGAAGUAUUUCAACAAAUAGAACAAGUGAUCCAGGGAGGGGGGGAACCGGAGGCUCCCCUCCUGCUCCAGUCCCACUUAUUCAAAAGAAUGACCACCCUUCCGACCUCCUUACCCCCUACCUUCCUACCAUUCCUGUGUUCCUUGGUAUUUCUGCAAUGAGCUACUUACUUUGGAAGUAUUUUUUCCUCGGUAAAAAAAGAAAACGUUACCGAAGAGCUCAUCAAGUACGUGGUUCUCCAACAUUGGAAGAACAACUCCUUCCUCAUGUGGACGACCAGGCACAUGGUCCACAUGAAUAUACCUUAAUAAAGAAAGGCAGACAACCAAGAUCUGUUUCAAUGGGAACGAAAAAACCAAAAAAACUUGUCGAUCGCCGUGGUGUAGGUCGACGUACCAUUAUUGAUAUUCAUUUAGAAGUCUUAGACGAAUGUCAAAAAGGGGACACUAAACUGGUUCAGGAAGACUUUUUUGAAAUUUUGGUUCAAGAAUUCAUGGGAUGUGAAUUCAUAAAAGAAAAAAAUGUUCCUGAGGAACAGGUUCCAAGUUCAGAUUCCGGGUUUAGGGGCGAAGACUUUGUUUCUAAGGAUGAUGUUCCUAAGGAACAGGUUCCAAGUUCAGAUUCCGUGUUUAGGGUGUAG